UUAUUGAUGAUAAUUCUUUCAAAGUAAAAAAAAGAAAAAAAAAUCAAGAUUUAGAAAGUUUUUCAGAUUUAAAUAUUAAUAUUCCUGGCUUUGUAGGAAAUAUUUCAUCAAGAAAGCUUAUAACUUUUAUUACUGCAGGGUCUAGCUUGUAUCAAUUACUUGAAGCACUUAAUAAUAAUUGGGUACUUUUAGAUAUAAUUAAUGAUAUUAGUAUUAUAUGGAAGCGAGAAAAAAAUCUUCAAACUUCUUUACCAAUUUCAAAUAAUACAUUUAAUAAUAUUUUAAAUAAUCAAAUAAAUAUUGUUAAUAUAGAGGAUAUUGAGAAAAAUAUUGAACAAAAUUUAGAAAAUGAGGAAUUGGAGAAGAAUGAAUUGGAUAAGAAGAAUGAAUCAGAGGAGGAUAAAUUGGAGGAGAAUGAUUUA